AUCCAACCUCCAUCCUAAAAAAGCUUAUACUAAAGUUUUAUAUAUAUUUCGAAAUUAGGCUAAAAUAAGAAAGCUCACAUCUGGAUUCUUUUAUCCUUUUUUAGUUCGAAUCAAGAAGAUGGAGUCAUCAUCGACGUUGCUCACAAGCUUAAACCAGAGAAAGUCUUCGACGAGGAAACCACCAAAGCAAAAGAGGAAGACAACAACCACGAUCAAUACAAAACCCAUCAAAGUCCGUUACAUAUCGAACCCGAUGAGAGUGGAGACUUGCGCAUCUAAGUUCAGAGAGCUCGUUCAAGAACUCACCGGUCAAAACGCCGCCGAUCUACCUCCGGAGCCCACCACUUUAGCCGCUGCAGUUCCUCACCCGGAGGAGAUGAAUCCUGAGCCGUUGGAUGAAGGUAUCCGUGAGUAUUACUCACCGAUGGAUAACGAAGUGUUUAAUGCUUCUCCUCAAAUGUCGGCAGGUCUGUCUGCCUUUUUCUCGUCAGGUUUUUACAGUGUGAAUGCCUUGGAAAGCUUUGGUUCUGUCUGAAAUCUAAUAUAUGGUACUGAUCAGAAGAAGAAAUCAUCUUAUAGUUUUAGGGUUUCCUUGAUGCCUAUAUAUGGAUACAUAUGUAGUUCUGUUUUUUUCUUAAAAAAAUCUUUUGUGGCGAAUUGUUUGCGUUUGUGAGUAAAUAUUUGCAUUCAUUUCAAGGAAGAAAUCUUGCAUUUUUUUCAUCAAAUUUGUUAGGUGGUCG